AUGGAAUUGGUGUGUGUGGGAGUACACAAGGGACAUGGAAAUGUGUCUGUGGAAAUCAGUUGUGUGGAUGCUGGGAGAAAGGCUGGCAUUGGUAGCCCUAACUGCUGCUGCCCAGAACUGGAAGCUAGAGAGUGCCCUGGGCCAGCACCUCCAGUACCUGUCAUAGGAGCAGAGGAGCUGUGGCAGGCACUGCCCUGCACUGGGAGUGAGAGGCCGCACAACUGCUGGUCAGUUCCACAAAGUGCGCACUGCCUUUUUCGAGUGAUCGAAAUCACCUGUUCAAGGUCGCAGAGCAAAUUGGUGCUGGAUGCAAUCAACGAGGUGGGCCAGAGGGAUAGAACCCACGCAGCUGGGGCCCGAACACCCCCCUCCUUGGGGCCGACGGCAUUAGGAGUGGGGGCACCGGAAGGAGGCGGUCUCCAGGCGGCCAGAGAGCACGCGCGCGCGCGAGGGGGCGGGCGCGGCAUAUAUAAACCAAGCUCGGCGGAAAGGGCGGGCCUGGCGAGAGCGACUGAGUCGGUGGAUUGCGUGGCGCUGCUGCAGCCGCAGACGCGGACAGUCGGGGCGGGGAGAAGGAGGGGACAGGAGGAGGAGACAAGCGGCCAGGAGGAGGAGACGCUAGUGCGGGGUGGCGCCGGUCCACCGCCGCAGCUCUCCUGGCACCCGCCAGCUUUCAAAGGCGGGACCGGGCUGCGGCAGCGGCGACGGCCUCGGCGGCCUGGGGAGGUGAAACUAGGUUGCGGCGGCCUAGUGAGGGUGGGCAGAGCCGCCGCCGCGAGGGAAAUUAAAGCCUCUAAUUUUAACUUUUUUCCCCCUCCUGCAGCCUCAUCUGUUUCAAUGGUGCAACUGUCUUCAUCCCCUUUUGGUUAUCAGUCACCUUCUGUACAUUCAGAGGAGGGAAGAGAGGGGAAUAUGAAGUCAGCCAAGCCCCAGGUGAACCACAAUCAGCAUGGGGAAAGCCAGCGGGCCAUGAGUCCCCUGCACUCCAUUCUCAGUUCGGCUGCCUCUCCUUCCCAGGCAUAUGAAACCUAUAUUGAUAAUGGACUCAUAUGCCUUAAACACAAAAUUAGAAACAUCGAGAAAAAGAAGCUAAAAUUGGAAGACUAUAAGGAUCGCCUGAAGAAUGGAGAGCGACUUAAUCCAGACCAGUUGGAAGCAGUAGAGAAGUACGAAGAAGUGCUGCAUAACUUAGAAUUUGCCAAGGAGCUUCAGAAAACCUUUUCUGGACUGAGCCAAGAACUACUUAAAGCUCAGAAGAAGGCCCAGAGAAGGGAGCACAUGCUAAAACUUGAGGCUGAGAAAAAAAAGCUUCGAACUAUACUUCAAGUUCAGUAUGUAUUGCAGAACUUGAUGCAGGAACAUGUACAAAAAGACUUCAAAGGGGGCUUGCAUGGUGCAGUGUAUUUGCCUUCAAAAGAACUUGACUACCUCAUUAAAUUUUCAAAACUGACCUGCCCUGAAAGAAAUGAAAGCCUGAGUGUUGAAGACCAAAUGGAGCAGUCAUCCUUGUACUUUUGGGACCUUUUGGAAGGUAGUGAGAAAGCAGUGGUAGGAACGACAUACAAACACAUGAAAGAUCUACUGUCUAAAUUGCUGAACUCAGGAUAUUUUGAAAGUAUCCCAGUUCCCCAAAACACUAAGGAAAAAGAAAUACCAGUGGAAGAAGAAAUAGUGAUAAAAUCAGAGAAGAAAAAACAGUUAUUGAAAACUGAAUCUGUCCAAGAGUCAGAGUCUUUUGUGGAACAUGCACAGCCAGAGAUACAGCCACAAGAGUUUCUUAACAGACGCUACUUGACAGAAGUUGAUUAUUCAGACAAACAAGAUGAAGAACAGUCUUGGGAAGAAAAUUAUGCUAGAAAACCACAUCUCCCCAAAUGUUUGGAUAUGCUUACAGAACCAGACAGUCAGGAGAAGAAACAGGAAUCCUUCAAGUCCUGGGACUCUCCUAUUAAGCACCAGGAGUUAACAAAACCUGCAGUUUCCUCAGAACAGAGGAAACAAGAGAUUUCAAAACUCAGGUCCACUCUGCAGGAAGAGCAGAAGAAGCAGGAGACCUCUAAACUCAAGCCAGCUCCUGGCCAGUGGAAGCAAGAAACUCCUAAGUCCAAAGCAGGAUACUUUCAAGAGGAACAGAAGAAGCAGGAGACACCAAAGCCUUGGCCAGUUCAACUGCAGAAAGAAGAGGAUCCAAAGAAGCAAGCUCCAAAGUCUUGGGCACCUUCUCUGCAGAAUGAGCAGUCCAUCACCAAAUCGUGGACCACUCCCAUGUGUGAAGAACAGGAUUCAAGACAGCCAGAGACUCUAAAAUCCUGGGAAAACAAUGUUGAGAGUCAAAAACAUCCUUUAACACUACAAUCACAGAUUUCUCCAAAGUCCUGGGGAGCAGCUACAGCAAGCCUCAUUCCAAAUGACCAGCUCCUGCCCAGGAAGUUUAAUACAGAACCCAAAGAUGUGCCUAAGCCUAUGCAUCAGCCUGUAGGUUCUUCCUCUACCCUUCCAAAGGAUCCAGUAUUGAGGAAAGAAAAACUGCAGGAUCUGAUGACCCAGAUUCAAGGAACUUGUAACUUUAUGCAAGAGUCUGUUCUGGAUUUUGACAAACCUUCAAGUGCAAUUCCAUUGUCACAGCCGCCUUCAGCUACUCCAGGUAGCCCAGUAGCAUCUACAGAACAAGAUCUACCCAAUCAAGAUGAUUUUCUUCAAGAGCCAUUACAGGUCACUUCUCCAGUUACUUGUAGCUCAAAUGCUUGUUUGGUUACUGCUGAUAAGGCUUCUUCAGGAUCCGAACCAGAGUUUAGGACUUCAGAGACUCCUGAGGCAGCAGUUCCCCCAAGCAAACAGCCAUCUUCAUUAGCAUCUCCAAAUCCUCCCAUGUCAGUGGGCUCUGAACAGGGCUUCCAGUCACCUCCAGCAAGUAGUAGUUCAGUAACCAUUAACACAGCACCCUUUCAAGCCAUGCAGACAGUGUUUAAUGUUAAUGCACCUCUGCCUCCACGGAAAGAACAAGAAGUAAAAGAAUCUGCUUAUUCGCCUGGCUACAAUCAAAGUUUUACUACAGCAAGUACACAAACACCACCCCAGAGCCAACUGCCAGCCAUACAUGUAGAACAAACUGUCCUUUCUCAAGAGACUGCAGCAAGUUAUCAUCCUGAUGGAACUAUUCAAGUAAGCAAUGGUAGCCUUACCUUUUACCCAGCACAGACGAGUGUAUUUCCCAGACCCUCUCAGCCAUUUGUCAAUAACCGGGGAUCUGUUAGAGGAUGUACUCGUGGUGGGAGACUACUAAUCAACUCCUAUCGGUCCCCUGGUGGUUAUAAAGGUUUUGAUACUUACAGAGGACCUCCUUCGAUUGCCAAUGGAAAUUAUAGCCAGCUGCAGUUCCAAACUAGAGAAUAUUCUGGAACACCCUAUUCCCAAAGGGAAAAUUUCCAGCAAUGUUAUAAGCGAGGAACAACAUCUGGUGGUCCACGGGCAAAUUCAAGAGCAGGGUGGAGUGAUUCUUCUCAGGUGAGCAGCCCAGAAAGAGACAACGAAACCUUUAACAGUGGUGACUCUGGACAAGGAGACUCCCGCAGCAUGACUCCUGUGGAUGUGCCAGUGACAAAUCCAGCAGCCACCAUACUGCCAGUACACGUCUAUCCCCUGCCUCAGCAGAUGCGAGUUGCCUUCUCAGCAGCCAGAACCUCUAAUCUGGCUCCUGGAACUUUAGACCAACCUAUUGUGUUUGAUCUUCUUCUGAACAACUUGGGAGAAACUUUUGAUCUUCAGCUUGGUAGAUUUAAUUGCCCGGUGAAUGGUACAUAUGUUUUCAUUUUUCACAUGCUAAAGUUGGCAGUGAAUGUGCCACUGUAUGUCAACCUCAUGAAGAAUGAAGAGGUCUUGGUAUCUGCCUAUGCCAAUGAUGGUGCUCCAGACCAUGAAACUGCUAGCAAUCAUGCAAUUCUUCAGCUCUUUCAGGGAGACCAGAUAUGGUUACGUUUGCACAGGGGAGCAAUUUAUGGAAGUAGUUGGAAAUACUCUACAUUUUCAGGCUAUCUUCUGUAUCAAGAUUGA